CUUCAGAAAUAAAGUCCUGGAAAAUGUUGCCUCUCGCGCGGAGCUCGUCUCCGAUCUCGAGACUGACGACAGCGACGGUCGCAUACUCCCGAAUGGCGCUCAGUAGCAAAUUGAGGCAACCGAAGAACGUCGCGAGGCUCCCGGUGUCGCGCACCGUCUCAAGACUGCACAGCUCGGCUCUCUUCGUCAGAACUAUGAGCUGGUCGACGUCCCAACGACCUCCUUCGGCCAAUGCGUCUCCGGAGACCAUGGAAACGGUUGGGUCAUGGGGCCCUCAUGAAUUCGAUACCGACAUGGCGAUCGACCCGACGAAUGCCGUCGCUCCGAUCAAGAACUUCGUCGAGGCUGGAGCUUCGAGCUUGCAGGACUUGGGUCUGGGUUCCUAUUUCACCCCCGUCGGAUGGAUACAGAUAGCCAUGGAUUCCAUGCACUCCAUGGGUUUGCCAUGGUGGGCCGCAAUCGUAGCCACAACUGUAUGUUUCAGAGCAGUCACAGUUCCGCUACUUCUGCAAACUCACAGAUCCACGCCACAAUGUAUGGCGGUGAUGAUGAGAGUUCGCGACUCAGCGACACGAUUGCGACAGGCCCAGAUCGGAGCGGACCACGAACAGAUAGCCAAAGCUCUGCAGGACUUCAACGGCAUCAUGGCGCGAGAAUAUCCCCGCGCAAUGUUGAAACAGACCCUGCCGUCUGUUGCACAGGCACCGAUAUUCAUUUCUUUAUUCCUGGCUCUGAGAAGCAUGGCCAUCGCUCCCGUGGAGUCCUUGAAAACCGGCGGCUUUCUAUGGUUUCCCGAUCUGACGAUUGCAGACCCUUACUAUCUACUCCCUCUGAUGACCUGUGCUACUCUCGCUGCCAUCAUCGAAAUCGGAGCAGAAACUCCCGUCCGGGUGGACCAGUUCAAUGCGAUGAAAGUCCUGCGAUUCCUCCCAGUCAUCUUUUUCCCGCUGAUAAUGAAAUAUCCAGCGGCCGUUCUGUGUUUUUGGGCGACGAACAACUUCGUUUCCCUCGGGUUGGCAUACACGCUCAAGAUUCCUGCAAUACGGAAGAAAUACAAUCUUCCGCCGUUGAGCGAAAUGCGGAUCGGAAAUGACAAUGCGUCGGAAAAGAGGAAUUGAAUGCAGCAUGAGUUACAGGAAAUAAGAUGUACCCAUGGACAUCACUGUUGAGAGAGCAGAACAUGUCAACCUCUACCGA